CGUAAGAUCCGGGCUCGAGGAAGGAUGUAUGUAAUUCAAAGAUGGCGGCGGAGGGAGGAGGGAAGGAGAUGAACGAAAUUAAAACUCAGUUCACUACUCGGGAAGGCGUCUAUAAACUCCUCACUCACUCCGAAUAUAGCCGCCCCAACAGGGUGCCUUUCAAUUCCCAGGGUUCGAACCCCGUCAAAGUUUCCUUCGCCAACGUCAAUGACCAGUCUGGUAACGGCGACCGAAUCUGUUUCAAUGUGGGCCGGGAGCUGUACUUCUACAUCUACAAAGGCGUUAGAAAGGUAGCUAAACAUUAUGCUAACAGUCAUAUUUAUCAUUUGUGUGUCUUAACUGAUGACAACAGGUCAGUGUUGUCCAGUUUACCUGGUUUAUGACUAAUGCACAGUAACGUUACUGUGUCCUAGCUAGCACCACCACACCAGUCUAAGUAAGUGUUGUGGUAUGCACCGCUAGCUAGCCAGCAGACUGGCUAACUCUAAUCUGACAGUCAGUUAGGCUGUAACAUCUAUCAACGGACCAUGCUGGACAUUUGACUAGAAUCUCAAUAUUGUCAAUGAAUGUAUGCUCGUGAAAUCAGAAGUGUGACCUCCACUGUAUUUCCAUUUCAUUGCUUGGGUGAUGACGUAGAUAUAGUGCACGGAUGCACUUCCCCUGUUGUGACCUAGGCAAGCUAACUAGGCUACGCAAAGUAUUGAGGUGUGAAGUUAUCUACACUAAAUCACUCCUUGCACAACAAUUGUGGAGUCAACAAGGUAUUGUUGUGAAAUUAAUUUGCACAAUAACUUGCAAAUUCACUUGUAUAUAAGGAUGUUAUAUGACCGACCACUUCAAUCAAAACUGCAUACAGAAUUUCCAGUGCAUGGUUUUGCAUUGCAAAGUACCUCAACUUCUCCACGGAAUUAAGCGCAGAUUAGUUUUUGAAAUGAACCCCCGACUCCUUCGAGUCGCUAUGUGUCGAUACUUUAAAAACGUUGAUUCUUAAACCUUUACGUGUAUCUGUGUUUUCCCUCUGUUGUUUCGUGCCUUUAUUUGUUUGCUGAAAUCUUACUUUUAAUAAAACGUGAAUCAAAUACAACCACCGACUGUUUCCUCUUUGCUGUUGCUCGAAGACGGCAACUCGGCGCGAAUGCGCAUGUGCCAAUUGAAUGUCAACAAGGAAACAGGCGGUGGUUGUAUUUGAUUUAACGUUUUAUUAAAAAGUAUUGAUUUCAGCAAACAAGGCACACAACAACCGAGGACAAACAUAGGAACAUGGUAAGGGUUUAAGAAUUUACAUUUUUAAAUUAUCGACGCAUAGCGAGAAGGAGGGUCAUUUAAAAACCUCAUGUAGGAGUUGAGGUACUUGGCAAGGUUUUGAAUUGACUUUGAUGUGUUGAAACUGAUGGUCAAGUAGGAAGUGCUUCCUAGAGUUCAUUCAGAGAGAGAGGCAGCUUAGUGAGUGAGUCGCUCUGUAGUUGUGGACAUGACAGGUUGAUAAUGCAGCACCACAGGUGCUUGAUCCUUAUUUCCUCAGUGUGGCAUAGCAGAACCAAUCUAUAGUCAUCUAUUUCUUCCAAGUGUGUAAACAGAUCUAAAUAUCUACAUAUUCACGCAGGCCCUACAGGUGCAUAACUACCAAAGCUUGUACUUUUCUGACAUUAACUAGGUAGGAUUUACUAUAUGCCUAUGGUUGGAAUAGGCCUAUGCAAAAACAGUUCAGCAGACUGGAGACAUGUUACACAGGAGAAAUGGCCUUCUAACCACUACGAAUCUUUCCACUCUGCCGAUGGCGUAAACCAUUAACCAGUGUGACUGUUGUAGUGCUAGUUAACUGUGCCCAUGGGGCAUUUUGAAUAAAACACAAACCUAAGAGGCUAGAGUUGCAUGCCCUGGUUUUAUUGACAAAAACUGUUUUUUGGUUUGGAUGCAGCAAGGUUAUCUGUGGCAAGUCUUGUUGCUUUAACCUUGUUUUGAGUUCACUUUUCCUGCAGGGCUUCUGGAUAGAACUUCUGUUCAUAACAAUCAGCAGCAGAAAUCCCCCUGAGACACUGUUCAUUGUCAUGUAGGCCUAAUAUCAGUCUUUGAUGCCCUUUGAUUUUAACACUUGAUUGUACUGUAAUGCUCAUAAAAAAACCUAUCGACUUCAAAGACUGUGUAAUAAACCCAGUCGCCAUUUGAAAAAAACGUUUGUUUGGUGUCAUGUUCGAAGAAUUCGGUGGCUUAAUGAGCACACUACUCAUGUCUUUCACUGGUUUUGCAUGCCACCAUUGAUGCUUUGAUCAAAACAUGCAUCAUUGAAAAGGUUACUGCUCAAAUCUGAACUUUUUUUUGUAUGUUUAUCUUUCAGGCGGCUGACCUGAGCAAACCUAUCGACAAGAGGAUAUACAAAGGAACACAGCCCACAUGUCAUGACUUCAACCACCUCACGGCCACGGCGGAGAGCGUCUCCCUGCUGGUGGGUUUCUCGGCAGGCCAGGUGCAGCUCAUCGACCCAAUCAAGAAGGAGACCAGCAAGCUCUUCAAUGAGGAAGUAAGUCGGGAAGGAAAGUCUAAAAAAAGAAGACAAAUGUAAUUUUGUAACUACCCUCAAAUGUUAUGUUUUUGACAUAUAACGCAAUGAAUGCCAUUGUUGCUUACAAUUGAAAUGUAACAUUUUGUUUCUUCUCUCCCAAACCGCUUUCCCCAGAGACUAAUAGACAAAUCCAGAGUGACUUGUGUAAAAUGGGUGCCAGGCUCAGAGAGUCUGUUCCUAGUCGCUCAUUCCAGUGGAAACAUGUACUUGUACAACUUGGAGCACACGUGUGGCACCACGGUUCCUCACUACCAGUUGCUCAAACAGGGCGAGAACUACUCAGUGCACACGUGUAAGAGCAAGUCCACGCGCAACCCCUUGCUCAAAUGGACGGUGGGCGAGGGAGCGCUUAACGAGUUUUCCUUCUCACCCGACGGGAAGUUCCUGGCGUGCGUGAGCCAGGACGGCUUCCUUCGGGUCUUCAACUUUGAUGCGGUGGAGCUGCACGGGACCAUGAAAAGCUACUUUGGGGGUCUGCUGUGCGUGUGCUGGAGUCCAGACGGAAAGUACAUUGUUGCGGGGGGCGAGGAUGAUCUGGUGACCGUGUGGUCGUUUGUGGACUGCCGGGUUAUUGCACGCGGUCACGGACACAAGUCGUGGGUGAGCGUGGUGGCGUUUGACCACUACACAACCAGCGUGGAGGAUGCAGACCCUAUGGAGUUCAGCGGCAGCGACGAGGACUUCCAGGACCAGAUCCACUUUGGUCGCGACCGGGCCAACAGCUCGCAGUCCCAACUCUCUAAGCGCAACUCCACGGACAGUCGGCCGGUACAGGUCACAUACAGGUUUGGCUCAGUGGGCCAGGACACUCAACUCUGCUUGUGGGACCUCACAGAAGAUAUCCUUUUCCCCCACCUCCCGCUUUCCCGGACAAGAACGCACACCAAUGUGAUGAAUGCUACCAGCCCCCCGGUGGGAGGGGACGUGUCUGUGGGAGGUGGGGUAGGUGGUGGCAUAGUGAAUAAUGUGAGUAAUAACCCUAGCACCAACGGCACCAACACCCCUGAUAACCCCCUCCCUACUCCCCUGCCACGCUCCAACAGCUUACCACAUUCUGCAGCUACGACCGCCAACAGCAAGAGCAGCGUCAUGGACAACGCCAUCGCCACAGGCGCAAGCAAAUUCGCCACGCUCUCCGUUCACGAUCGCAAAGAGCGGCACCACGAGAAGGACCACAAACGGAACCACAGCAUGGGCCACAUUAGCAGCAAGAGCAGUGACAAGCUCAACAUACUCACCAAAACCAAAACAGACCCUGCAAAGACACUGGGGACGCUGCUCUGUCCCCGCAUGGAAGACAUACCCUUACUAGAGCCCCUUAUCUGCAAAAAAAUAGCACAUGAGAGACUGACUGUCUUAAUAUUUCUUGAAGACUGUAUAGUGACAGCUUGUCAGGAGGGAUUUAUUUGCACAUGGGCAAGGCCUGGCAAAGUGGUAAGUUCUUUUUGAAUAGAAAUGGAGUUCUGCUAAAUUCCUGUGUAUUUCUCUUUGUAGUCUCAAAAAAUAGUUGUUUGGGCAAUGCAAGGAUCCAUUUAGAAACUUUAGUAUUAUUGUGGACAUUUUAGACAGCAUUGUGAGGUGUACAACAUUACCUACUGUAGAUGAGUAUGGGAGUCUCUUACACUUGCAGUAUGUCACAUCUCAAACUGUCUGUAUGUACACUCCCCUACGUAUUUAUUUGGACAGUGAAGCUAAAACGUUUAAUUUGGCUCUAUACUCAACAUUUUGGAUUUGAGAUUACAUUUUUUAUGAGGCGACAGUACAGAAUUGCACUUUUUAUUUGAGGGUAUUUUCAUACUUAUCUAUUUUACCGUUUAGAAAUUAAAGCAUUUAUGUAUCUAGUUCCCCGAAUUUUAAGGUGUCAUAAGUAUUUGGACAAAUUCACUGAUCAUGUAUUGAAAUUAGUCAAAAGUGUUAGUAGUUGGUCCCAUAUUCCUAGCAUGCAAUGACUCCAUCAAGGUUGUGACUCUACAAAAUGGUUGGAUGCAUUUGUAGUUUGUUUUGGAUUUUGUUUGCCUAAUAGAAAUUAAUGGUAAAAAAAUUGUCAUUUUUGAGUCCGUUUUAUUGUAAAUAAGAAUAUCAUGUUUCUGAACACUUCUACAUUAAUAUUGAUGAUACCAUGAUUAUGGAUAAUCAUGAAUAAAUUGUGAAUAAUGAUGAGUGAGAAAGUUGGAGGCAUAAAUGUCAUACCCCCAAAAAAUGCUAACCUCCCUUGUAAUUGGCAAUGGUGAGAGGUGAGCAUGUUUUGGGGGCAUGAUCUUUGUGCAUCUAACUUAAUCACUUGUCAUUAUUCACGAUUCAUUCAUGAUUAUCUGUAAUCAUUGUAGCAUCCAUAUUAAUGUAGAAGUGUUCAGAACAUAUUCAAUUCUUAUUUACAGUAAGUGACUCCAAAAUGACACAAAUUAUUUACCAUUCAUUUCUAUUGGGCACAACAUAAUCUGAAACACAACCAAAACAAACUGCAAAUGCAUCCAACAAGUUUUUUAAAUUCAUGCUUGAUGUAGUCACUGCGUUCUAGGAAUAUGGCACCAAAUACUAAACACGACUAAAUUUAAGUGAAUUUGUCUAAAUACUUAUGACACCUUAAAAUGGGUGGACUGGAUACAUGAAGUGCAUUCAUUUCUAAAUUGUAAAACUAAUAUGAAAAUACCCUCAAAUAAAAGGUGACAAUCUGUACUGUAGCCUCAUAUAAAACUUUUGAUCUCAAAUCCAAAAUGCUGUAUAGAGCCAAAUGAAACGUUUUAGCUUCACUGUCCAAAUAAAUCAACAGGGGAGUGGUUUGUGUUCAUCUGCCACCCCAUGCAAAGCCCAUACAGUUUCAAAGAUAUCAAUAAUGGUCAAGAAUCUCGUAUGUCAUGUACAAUCAAGUCACCUGGUGGAUAAGUAAGUACACUUAGGUAGCCCUCCGUAUCAGUGGAAAGAAGACAUUGAUCCCAAUUGAGUAUGUUUGUGUGCAUCGGCUCCAUAUUAAAAUACCCAUAUUGGAGCAUUACCAUCCCACAAGGCACCGCAGCAUAAACAAGCAAGUCAUCUGUACACUCACCCACAACACUCUCAGAUUCUUUAUGAGAGGACCUCUGUAUUUGCCAAACAGCUUUAUACGUUAAUGCAUUACAUUCACUUCGUCAUCCACUAGCUAACUGCUGUGCACGGGCCAUUUGAAGGCAGGAAGAUGGGUGUGCUGAAUUUGAUGCUUUGUGAACUUUCCCCAAUGCAAAUCUCCUUUUUCUUUCCAGGGUUUAUUGUCAUCCCAAAACCAAGCCAGCUCUCCCAGUGGAACUGUAGUAUAGCCCACACUAUUUCUGCUGCUAAGAAACCUGCAUCACAGAGAUGUAUUGUCACCAGAGCCUGGUGCUGCUUUUCACCCCGCAAAGCACUGCAAGUUUUUUAUUUAUUUUAUUUUUUCCUUUUGGUUAUCAUACACAUGGCCUAGAUGGUGGAAGUAUUCAAAUACAGAAAUGGAAAGGGUGUGGUGCAAUUUUGGACAGUGGCACUAAUGUCCUUUCUGGAAUUUCUUUUAAUGUUUUUAAUUAUUUGUCUUCUCUCGCUCUCAUAUACGCUAGACUGUUUUUCUGGACUUGGAGCUUGGCAUAGUUGGAUGAAACCAUUCAUAUUAUGCUUGUUUAAAAGGAUAGUUCACCCAACAACUUUUAUCAUUCCUAUUUCUUACCUUGCAAGUGGUCCAUGGGCCAGGAGUCACUGCCACCAGCUGUCACAGG